AUGACCUCCUACGUGGCCUUCCAGCAAUACGACCUCUUGGACUCCGAGGGCUACGGAUCGGCAAGCAGCCCGGAAUCGAAUCCGCGCGGCAAUUGGCAUCACCAAGAGAUCUAUCCGCAGCCGCCGCGGUCCCGAGGCAGCAGCUGCGGCAGCGUCAGCUCCGUGGACAGUCACCAUCAGCAGGAAUACCAGGAGAUCGGUGGCGGCGCCCCCAAUGGCAGCCUCCACGUGACCGCCGGCUUCAACUUCGGCGAUUUUUACGAGGGUUACUAUCAGGAGGGCGGCUGCCGGAGCGAGCAUCAGCCAACGUUGAACGGUGACGGCGCCAGGAACGUCACGGAUCUUCACACCAAGCUGAUCUUUAGGAUGAACGAACAGUGCGUGGCUUAUGAUGACGCUGCAUCUCGGAUGGCCUUCAACGAGGGUGUCAUGAAUAAGCAGGAUCCAGCGGGAUAUGCCCAGAAGAUGGACCACCUUCCAGCCGGGACAUACGUGAACUCGAGGACCGACUUCGGCCAGAGCCAGCCCGUCUUCGCCACCAAGGGUUAUGCGAAGAGCGGUAUCUACCAUCCGCGGAACGAGAGUCACCGUUACGCUCAGAGGAGCCACCCUUAUGUCACUUAUACCGUGCCGAGAAACGAGUCCAGCCUGCCGAGUGGCCAGCCGAGCAAAUGUGAUCAAUCCAAGUACCAUCCGAGGAACGACAGUCUUCACGUCGUUUUGCCGGUGGAAUACGCUAACCAGAAAUCCAAGGAGGCGGCCGUGCAGAAGAUGAAGAGCAGCGCGCCCGGUGUCGAGGUGCUGAGGAAAAGGAGACUGGCGGCGAACGCCAGAGAACGAAGGAGGAUGAACAGCCUGAACGACGCCUUCGACAGACUGCGCGACGUCGUACCCAGUCUGGGUAACGAUAGGAAACUCAGCAAAUUCGAGACACUGCAAAUGGCGCAGACCUACAUCGCCGCGCUCUACGAGCUGUUGCAGCGCAAAUGAACGUCCGAGUCCGGAGAUUCGGAUCUUCCUCCAAAAGGAGAACAGUGUCCUGUUCUGCACUGCGUCUUCC